AUGACGACUGCUCUUCCAAAAUAUCCCCCGUUCUUAUCGCAAGGACAGUUUGAGGAAUACAUGGAGUCGUACGCCGAGAACUUUGACCUAUAUAAACACAUCGUCUUCAAUGCACGAGUUGAUCAGGUCGUGCGUAACAGAAAUGGGUCGAAAUGGCAAGUGGAGAUGGUUAGAUCCGGUGCGCCUGAAACGAAAGAGUUUGACAAGGUUGUUUUCUGUCAUGGGUAUCAGACAAAGAAGAAGAUGCCAGUUUACGAGGGCCAAGCCAAGUUUGAAGGCACUAUCAUACACUCGCAGCAGUUUCGCAAACCAUCUGAUUUCAAGGGACAAAAGGUUGUCCUUGUAGGGCUCAGUGCCACUCUGAGCGAUGUCCUUUCGGUCAUUGUGGACCAAAGCGACCAGGUCUUUCUUUCACAUCGAGCGGGCGCCUGGAUCAUAAGCAGAUGGCGAAACAAUCUUCCAACCGACCUCCUCGUUACGCGCUGGCGUAGACAGGUGUCGUUGUUCAUUCAAAGCAAGUUCCCAAAUCUCACCAAUAAGCUUGCUCAACUUGCAACUGGCCUUUUGAUGAGACAGUACGGAAAGAUUGAUCCAUCUUUCAGACUACUCGAUGAUGUUGCGCCACUCAGCUUGCAUCUGGCAGGGUGCAUGGAUACUGUCCUAGAGCUUCUCCGAGAGGGCAAGGUCACGUCUAUGCAUGGCAUCAAGAGGUUCACCGGCCCGAAGUCAAUCGAGUUUCAGGACGGCACUAUUCUAGAUGAUGUCGAUUCAGUCAUCCUCUGCACCGGAUACAAGGCUGACUUUGAUCCGAUUCCCUUUUUGGAGACGAGCAAACCCAAGACCGACCUCGCGGGCAACGCUUACGGCGGCCCACCCCUGCAGCACCUGUACAUGAACAUCUUCCCGCCAGCUCAUUGGGAUAGUAUUGCUGUCCUCGCCUACUCUGCCUUUGGAAAGAAUAACGGCUUCUCCUUCUCAGAUGUAACGUCCAUGGCCAUCAGUAAUGUCUGGCGGGGUGUCAGCUCGGAUAUGAUCCCCCCAAGAGCUGAGAUGGACCGCGCAAUUGACAAACACCACCAGUGGGUAGCAGGCCGCUGGUUCAAGGAGCCCAGAACCGACACUUCUGCAGUUAAACAAUGGGAGUUCCAGGGUUUCCUUCAUAAAGCCGCCGGGACUGGCAUGGAGAAUCUGGGCUGGGGAUGGCGGGGCUGGGUAAGCUGGUUCAAGGACCCUUACAUGUGUUAUCUGAUCAAUCAUGGCGUCGAGACAGCACAUGCGUUCAGGUACUUUGAAACAGGGAAACGGAGAACUUGGGAUGGAGCGCGGGAUGCCAUCAUCCAUAUCAACAAGAUCGUCAAACAGCUCAAGGCCAGCAGGAAGUAA